CUGACCGCGCUCGAGCGGGCGGAGAUCUUGGAGUACCCGCGCGUGUACUUCGCGGGGAUCGGCGCGAAGAAGGUGCAGAGCAAGGAGGCUGGCGGGAGCGAUAACCACGGCUACGACGACGAAAGGGGAGACUACGUCAUGCGCAAGGGCGACCAUCUCGCGUACAGGUUCGAGAUCAUCGACGAGCUCGGCAAGGGUAGCUUCGGGCAGGUGAUGCGCUGUUACGACCACAAGAUGCGACGAACGGUGGCGGUGAAGGUGAUACGGAACAAGAAGCGGUUUCACCACCAGGCGCUGGUGGAGCUCAAGGUUUUGGAGCACUUGCGGCACAAGGACCAGAAGGACGAGCAUAAUCUGGUGAAGAUGGAGGAGUACUUCUACUUCCGCAGCCACCUGUGCAUCACCUUCGAGCUCCUCUCCAUCAACCUGUACGAUUUCCUCAAGAACAACAACUUCCGGGGGCUCUCUCUGGGACUCAUCCGCCGCUUCGCGCAGCAGAUCUUGGUGUCUCUCAAGUUCCUCCGCCGCCAGCGGGUGAUACACUGCGACCUCAAGCCCGAGAACAUCCUCCUCCGGCAGCCCAACAAGUCGUCCAUCAAGAUGAUCGACUUUGGAAGCAGCUGCUUCGAGGACGAGCGCGUGUACACCUACAUCCAGUCCAGGUUCUACCGCGCCCCGGAGGUCAUCCUUGGCGUCACUUACGACUGUGGUAUUGACAUGUGGAGCCUGGCGUGCAUACUCGCCGAGCUCUACACCGGCUACCCCCUGUUCCCGGGCGAGAACGAGGCUGAGCAGAUCGCGUGCUUCAUGGAGAUCAACGGCGUGCCCCCUCGCGCCCUACUGGACAAGUCCGAGCGAGGCAAGAAGUACUUCGACAGCUCGGGUGAGCCCAAGCUCGUGACGAACAGCAAGGGCAAGAAGAGGACGCCAAACUCAAAGGACCUCGGCGCGCUGCUCCGGUGCACCGACCGAGGCUUCAUCGACUUUCUGUCGAGAUGCCUCCGCUGGGACGUCGCCGAUAGGAUCACCCCGGACGCGGCGUUGCGACAUCCGUGGAUC